UUACCCCUGAAAUCACACCUAAGGAAACCCGUCCACCGGUCUGAAUUUCAGGGAGGAGAGAUUCAAAAUGGCGGCCAGCGAUAGCGAUGACUCCCUCUAUCCCAUUGCAGUGCUGAUUGACGAGUUAAGAAACGAAGAUGUCCAGCUGCGACUGAACAGCAUCAAGAAGCUGUCCACCAUAGCACUCGCCUUGGGUGUGGAGAGAACACGGAGUGAACUCAUCCCAUUCCUUACAGACACAAUCUAUGAUGAAGAUGAAGUGCUGCUGGCCCUCGCUGAGCAGCUAGGAAACUUCACACCACUUGUUGGAGGCCAGGAGCAUGUCCACUGUCUGCUGCCACCCCUGGAGAGCCUGGCCACUGUUGAGGAGACGGUGGUCCGAGACAAGGCUGUGGAGUCUCUCCGUAAGAUCGCAGCGGACCACUCCACCGCCGACCUGGAAGCACAUUUUGUACCCCUGGUGAAACGUCUGGCUAGUGGUGACUGGUUCACAUCAAGGACAUCGGCAUGUGGGCUCUUCAGUGUGCCAUAUCCCAGGGUGUCCAGCCAAGUGAAGGCUGAACUUAGAACGCAUUUCCGUAACCUGUGCGGUGAUGACACGCCCAUGGUUCGUCGCGCGGCGGCGGGGAAGAUGGGAGAGUUUGCCAAAGUGCUGGAGCUGGAGUACCUGAAGUCUGACCUCAUCCCGCUCUGGACCAACCUGGCCAGUGACGAACAGGUACAAAAUGACUCGGUGCGUCUGCUUGCUGUGGAGGCCUGUGUCAGCAUAGCUUCCAUCCUGCCACGAGAGGACCUAGAGAGCCUGGUGAUGCCCACACUGAAAAAUGCUGCAGAGGACAAGUCCUGGAGAGUCCGCUACAUGGUGGCAGACAAGUUCACAGAGCUCCAAGUAGCCGUGGGUCCGGAGAUCACCAAGUCGGAUCUGGCACCAGCAUUCCAGGGCCUGCUCAAGGACUGCGAGGCAGAGGUCCGGGCUGCCGCCGCUAACAAAGUCAAAGAAUUUUGUGAGAAUCUUCCCGCAGACGUCAGGGAAACCACCAUCAUGACAAACAUCCUCCCAUGUGUCAAGUGGUCAUUCUUCUUGCAGGAGUUGGUGACGGAUGCUAACCAGCACGUCAAGUCAGCGCUGGCCUCCGUCAUCAUGGGCCUGUCUCCUAUCCUAGGGAAAGACAAUACCGUAGAGCACCUGCUGCCACUGUUCCUGAUUAUGUUGAAAGAUGAGUGUCCAGAGGUGCGGUUGAACAUCAUCUCUAACCUGGACUGUGUGAACCGGGUGAUCGGGAUCACCCAGCUGUCCCAGUCCCUCCUGCCGGCCAUCGUGGAGCUAGCCGAGGACACCAAGUGGAGAGUCAGACUGGCCAUCAUCGAGUACAUGCCGCUACUGGCUGGGCAGCUGGGCCAGGACUUCUUUGAUGAGAAACUGAACAACCUGUGCAUGGCAUGGCUGGUGGACCACGUCUAUGCCAUCAGGGAAGCCGCCACAAACAACCUGAAGAAACUGGUGGAGAAGUUUGGUUCAGAGUGGGCAACGUCAAAAAUCGUGCCCAAGGUGGUGGCUAUGGCUCAGGAUCCCAACUAUCUACACAGGAUGACAACUCUGUUUUGUGUCAAUGUUUUAGCAGAAGUGUGUGGUGUAGAGGUGACCGUGUCAGUGUUCCUGCCGGUCGUCCUCAAGCUGGCUUCUGACGCCGUUCCCAACGUCCGCUUCAACGUCGCCAAAACCCUCCAAAAGAUAGGAGGCCUCUUUGAUGCCGAGACUGUAAACUCUCAGUUAAAACCAUGUCUGGAUAAACUCAAAACAGACCAGGACUUCGAUGUCAAGUACUAUGCCAGCGAGGCCAUACUUGUCUUGACAGAAGCCGCAUGAUGAAAGGGAAGUGGGAGGGGUCGGAGAAUCAAGGAGCUAGCUACCGUGCAGCUGAGAUGCUAAGAGGAAGCUUAUUUACACCAGAAUUUGGCCGUCACAUUUGUGAAUUUGCUCACCAUCCUACUGUACAAGUGUCACUAUUCUAAUAUAAAUACAUCCGAACAUGUCACCUUGUAGAAAGAUGUUGACUAUAAGGUACAAAUUUGCAGGUACAGUGUUUUGGUUGUGAUAUCAGUAUGUGUUCAUUUCUUUUCUCAAAAUGUCAUUGGAAAUGAUAGGAGCUCUUUUCGUAUGUACAGUCUGCCUUUCCUAUAUACUUUGUUCAACAUUAUCCUUUUUUUUUGUCCGCCUAAUUUUACAAAGUUCAACAUGAUGUAUGGUAAAUGUCGUCUGGAAUAAACUAUGAAAAACA